AUGCGAUUCACAUCUUUACCCUCGGCCCUCCUGCUUGGACUCGCCUUGCACAUUGGAGUAGAAGGUGCAGGCUUGGAGGACAAGAAACCCAAGCCUGUUGACCCAUGUACUAUUUCAUCGACGACAGGGUCUUUCUUUGAUCUGAGACCAUUAUCGAUACAAGCUCCAGAAGAAGGGAAGAAACCUGCCAAAAAUGCGAAGACGGACAGUUGGCAUGCAAGAGGAUAUGAUUACAAAGGAAAUUUUACACUGAAUGUGUGCGCGCCAGUGGUAGAAGAGGUGAAGGAUUUUGUGGGAGUAGACAAAAACCAUUGGAAGAAUGUGAGCGCUUUUUAUGAAUAUGACGGAAAGAAGUAUUCUGUAGGACAACAAUCAGGAAACUUAACACUCCGCGGAAGAAAGCUUGUUGUAGAGUAUACGAAUGGAUCGCCAUGUGGAGGAAAGAACAAAAAAAGAAGCUGGGACGAUGACGAUGACGACGACGAUGAUAAAUCCAUACGCCGGAAAUCCAGCAUAAUAUCUUUUCAUUGCGAGAAAGACCCACUCGCUACUGCAUCUGCCUCAUACGUAGGAACCGAUCCAGAAGAAUGCGCCUAUUUCUUCGAAGUGCGCUCACAAGCUGCUUGCGGAGGCUCCGAACCUGCCAAACAGACUGUGGGUCCGGGUGCUGUCUUCGCCAUCAUAGGAGUUAUUGCUAUACUGGUAUAUUUCCUCGGUGGUGUUUUCUAUCAACGAAAUGUCGCGCAUGCAAGAGGGUGGAGGCAAUUGCCCAAUUAUAGCUUCUGGGCUAGCAUAGGAGAUUUCAUAAAGGACGUUUUCAUCAUCGCUACUUCAUCAUGCUCAAGGUGCUUACCAACCCAUAGGGGAUAUAAUACCUUGAGUAUCUCUGCAAAUGGAAAUUCUGGAGAUGGAAGUAAUGGUAGAGGGAGUGGGAGGGAUAGAGGCGUUAGUGCAAAUGAAAGUGGGAGGAGAAAUUCGGGGAGUGAGGAUGAAAAUCGUUUAAUUGAUCAAUUGGAUGAGGAGUGGGAUGAUUAG